AAAAUUCAAACUUUGCGGUGAUUCAUAUUUUCUGUUUUAUUGUCCAAAGCCAUUCCUUAAUUUUAUAAGUUUAAUACAAUAACAAGGUAAUUAUUAAAUAAUGGCUGAUCCACGAGUAAGACAGAUCUUUAUCAAGUCAGGUGUCGUUAAACGAUACGCAAAAGAGAAGAUUUCAUAUGAAAAGGAAGCUGAAAAGGAAAAACAGAGACUUGAGAAAUUCCGACGAGAAAAUCGUGAUGAACAUGACAUAAAAAAGCAAGAAGAAGUGAUCCAGGAGAAUCUGAUGAUGAUUCCAGACUGUCAAAGGAAAUUGCGUGCAGCAUAUGACGAACUGAAUGAUAUGCUGAAAAAUGAAAAGGAUCUCGAAGAGAAGGAUGAGUAUAUCAAAGCUAAGGAUGUCCUUAAAGAAGCAGAACCGGAAUUAGCCUAAAUCUCAUUUAUUGCCUUACCUCAAGUCAUUAAUACUGCUUUUAAAACUUAAUUAUUGUGAGAGGAAAUCAAAGAUCAAAGAUAUUAUUUUGCAUAAAGCAAUGCUUCUUAUUAAAUUAGUGUAAUAACUAAGUUUAUUAAUUACAGUUUUCGUU